AUGGCGAGGUUUUAUAGAAGCUCUAUAGUUCUCCUACUUUUGCUCAUCGCAGCGUGGGGAACGACGCCGGUGUCGUCCCAUGCCCAGCCGACGCAGCCAGCCCAGCCGGAGCCGGAGCCGGAGCUGGAUUACGGACGCCGGUACGAUAAAUAUUCUCCUUCAUUCUCCACUGACAUGGUGAAGAAUGAGAAGAAACCACCACAUGGCAAUGACCUAAGCAAGGAAUCUGGGAAGAAGGUCGAACAUGCCAACCAGGCAGCCGCGGAUGCCGCGCAUCUGCUCAGGGCCAAAGAAGAAAUCUUCAAGCGCACGGCGAAACACAUACAUGACAUCCUCAUUAACGCGAGAAUGGCGAUCCAUUUGAAAGGGGAGCUGCUAGUGAAGUCGGCGGAGUUCAUGAUCCAUGUGGCCGGCGAGGUCUCGAUGCAUCUCUGCAAGGUCGCGAAUGAACACGCCAAGGCCGCCGUGGGCGACACUGCGGCGACCCUCAAGCGUCAGCAAGAGGCUCUCAAGAGGAUCGCGGAACGCGUGAAGGUUGCCUCCCAAGACAGAUCGUUGGCAAACAAGGCGAAGCAGGAAGCCUUCAAGGGCUUGGCGCAAGACCUUGUUAAAAUUUGCGGAGAAAUGUCUGCCAGCAUGUCAAAGAUGGCUGAGGUUGCAGCUGGAGUGGCCGGUGGAAUAUCAGUUGAUGUUCAUUUCCGUGCUGGUGUUGAUGCUGGAGCACGUGCUAGAGCUCAAGCUAGCGCAGGUGCUGGGACUCAAGCUGAAGCUAAAGCAAGUAAGAGUGGGGGAGGUAAUGCAGGUGGCGAUGCAGGAGGGAAUGUGGGUGGCCAUAUUGAUGCUGGCACAAGUGCUUCUGGUGGUGGGAAGGUAGGGGGCAGUGGCGAAGCAAAUGCUGAUGCCAGUGCAACAAAAGCAAGUAAAGACGGUGGCAGUAGCGCAGGCGGUGAUGCAGGACAAUACGUGGGUGGUAAUAUUGAUGCCAAAACAAGUGUUUCCAGUGGUGGGAAGGCAGGGGGCAGCAGCAAAGAAAAUGACGAUAAGAGUGAUGAUGACAGUGCAAGCGGCGAUGCAAGAGGAUAUGCAGGUGGUAAUAUUGAUGCUGACGUAAGUGCUUCUGGUGGCAAGAAGAUAGGGGGCGGUGGAAAAGCAAAUGCUGACGCCAGUGCAAGUAAAGCAAGUAAGAGCAACGAUGGUAGUGCAAGCAGUGAUGCAGGAGGAUAUGCGGGUGGUAAUAUUGAUGCCGAUGCAAGUGCUUCUGGUGGUGGGAAGGUACGGAGCAGCGACAAAGCAAAUGUCGAUGCUAGUGCAACUAAAGCAAGUAAGAGCGCCGACAAGUAUGUGGGUGGAAUUGUGGGUGGUAAUAUUGAUGCUGAUGCAAGUGCUUCAGGUGGUGGGAAGACAAGGGGCAACGAUAAAGAAAAUGCAGAUACCAGUGCAACUAAAGCAAGUAAGAAUGACAACAACAAUGGGGGAGGAUAUGCAGGUGGUAAUACCAAUGCUGACUCAAGUGCUUCUGGUAGCGAGAAGGUAGUGGGCAGCGGCAAUGCAAAUAUCGAUGCUAAUGCUGGAGUUGGUAGUGGUGCGAGUGUUUCCGGAGGUGCUAAAGUAGGUGGUGGUAUUGGAGGAAAUGUAGGUGGCAAAGUUGAUGCCAAUGUUGGUGCUAAUGCUGAUGUAGGUGCUUCUAGAGGUGCUAAAGUAGGAGGUGGUAAAAUCGGUGCAGGCACCGGAGGAAAUGUUGGUAGUAACACUAAUGCCGGCGAUGAUGUUGGUGCUGGUGUGGGUGUCUCUGGAGGAGCGAAAAUUGGUGCGGGCGUAGGAGGAAAUAUUGGCAGGAGCGGUAGUGCUAAUGCUGGUGUUGGUGUCUCUGGAGGUGCUAAAAAUGGUGCUGGCAUAGGAGGAAAUGUUGGUGGGAGCAGUAAUACCAAUGUUGGUGGAAGUGCUAAUGUUGGUGCUGAUGGUGGUGCGGAUAUAUAUAGAGAUGCUAAAUUUGGUGGUGGUAUCAAAGGAAAUGUUAGUGGUGGAGGCAACACCAAUGCUGGUGCUGGUGUUAACAAAGGUGUCGAUGCAGACAUCGGUUUAUCAGGUGGUGCUAAAGUUGGUGGGGGUGUAGCAGGAAAUAUAGGUGGAAGUGGCAAUGCUAAUGUUGGAGCUGGUGCUAGAGGAAAUGUAGGUGGGAGUGGCGAUGCCAAUGCUGGUGUUGGUGCUGGUGUCGCUGGGAACAUGGGUGGAAGUGGCAAUGCCUACACUGGUGCUGGUGUAGGUGUUUCUGGAGCAAGAUCCAGUGGCGCCAAUGCUGGUGCUAGUACUGAUGCUAAUGCAGCUGUCGGUGCAGGCAUCGGUGUCUCAGGUGGUGCUAAAGUUAGUGGGGGUGUUGGAGGAAAUGUAGGUGGCAGUGGUAAUAGCAACACUAAUGAUGGUCUUAAUGCUGGUGUUGGUGUCUCUAAAAGUGCCACAAUUGGUGGUGGUAUUGGAGGAAAUAUUGGUGGGAGUGGUAAUGCCAAUGCUAGUGCUAAUGCAGGUGCUGGUGUUGAUGUGGGUAUCACUAAAAGUGCUUCAAUUGGUGGUGGUAUCGGAGGAAAUGUAGGUGGAAGUGGCAAUGCUAAUGUUGGAGCCGGUGCUAGAGGAAAUGUAGGAGGGAGUGACGGCGCCAAUGCUGGUGUUGGUGCCGGUGUCUCUGGAAGUGCUAAAAUUGGUGGUGGCAUCGGAGGAAACAUAGGUGGAAGUGGCAAUGCCUACACUGGUGCUGGUGCAGGUGUUUCUGGAGGAGGAUCCAGUGGCGCCAAUGUUGGUGGAUCUGGAGGUGCUAACACAGGUGCAGGAGUUGGUGUGUCCAAAGGCAUCGAUGGUAGUGUAGGCACUGGUAUAGGCAAUACAAAUGUUGGUGGUAAUGUUGCUGCAGGUGCUUCUGGUGAAGGCAACACUGGUGCCGAGGCUGGAGAAAGUAAGUCAGCAAAAGGUGGCUCGGAUUUUGGCUAUGGUUCAUCGAAGAAGGAACUCUAG